AUGCAGGACGGUAAACUCUUCUACUCUCCCAUUGGGAAGAAUCCGCAAAAGAUUAUCGAUGUUGGUACUGGGACUGGUAUCUGGGCCAUAGAAGCGGCCGACCAAUAUCCCGGCGCUGAAGUCGUAGGUAUCGACAUAUCGCCGCAUCAACCAACCUGGAUCCCGCCUAAUCUCAAAUUCUAUGUUGAUGACGUUGAAGAUGAAUGGGUCAAUGGAUCGGGCUUUGAUCUAGUUCAUUUUCGUAGCAUGGCUUUAGUGCUUCGCGAUGUCCAUAAAGCCAUUACCCAAUCUUUCGAGAAUCUCAAACCAGGAGGCUGGAUCGAGUUCCAAGAAACGUACGGUAUGCCACAGUGCGAUGAUGAGACCAUGAAGGACGACGACAUAAUCAAACGAUAUUACGAAACAUGCCAAUUAGCAAUGAAGAGUUUCGGCUAUGAUAUAGACAAGCCCCUUCACCUCCAAGGCUACCUGGAGAAAGUUGGCUUCACAAAUGUUCAGUGCAUCAUCAAGAAGCUACCACUUGGUACAUGGCCGAAAGAUAAGACAUUGCGCCUCGUCGGUCAUUAUACAUACCUUGCGCUCAUCGACUCCCUGCCUGCACUUUUGGCCAAGCCAUUUGCUAACCUUGGUAUGUCCGAGGAAGAGCGUCAAGUUUGGGGAGCAAAGGUUCGGCAGGCGGCGAAAGAGACAGACGUUCACCGUUACUAUAAUUAUUACUUCUGGUUUGCUCAGAAGCCAGAGUAA